GUAAAUACCAAUCCAAAAUGGUAAAUACCAUUUCCAUUUGGUUAUCCGCUUGAAUUUGAUUUAGGUUUUCCGUUCUUUUUGACAGUUCAAUGCUUUGACGUUGAUAUACGUUGAAUAUAAAGUUGAAUCGUGUGCGGCGCCGGCGUUUUUAUUAGUUGUGUGUCGGUGAUACUGAUAUUCAUUGAGCCUCAACUGAAUUUCAAUUCACAAACUUACUUUUUGUGCUUAUAGAAAGCGGGGAUUUAAAAAGUGCGUGGUGUCUGCUGUACUUUAUAUUUUUAGUCCGCUUGAAUUUGAUUAUAUUUUUUUCUUUAUCGGUUUAUCUAUUUGCUUAGAUCCUGCUACAAAAGACGAUCAAUGAAUCAUAACAUAGACUUGACAGCUUUACCUAGAGGUAAAAUAGAAGAACUGAAGAAUAUAGGCUAUCAUUACUGUUCUGAUGUAGAAGCCAAUUUGCAAAACUUGAGACAAGUAUUAGGUACCGAUUGGGAAGACCUGGCUAAGGUUUCAAAGUUUGCCAACGCCCUCGAAAUAUUCCAAAAAGAAGCAUUGAAUGGCUGUAUUUUGAGCUACAAUAAGGAGUUGGACAAACUUCUUGAAAAUGUGAUACGUCCAGAAACAGUUACUGAGUUUACAGGUCAUUCUGGUUCUGGAAAAUCUCAAGUUUGCUUUCAGUUAUGUGUAUCUGUACAACUUCCAAAAUGGUGCGGUGGCAUGGGUGGACAAGCGUUGUAUAUAAGUACAAACAAGAAUUUCAACUCGCAGAGACUGAAAGAGUUAGCUAGAAAGUUCCAAAGGGAUUGUAAUUUACUGAAGUCUCGUAGCGAGGAAAACGAAUUUGAUCUCACGGAAGAAUCUAUAAUGGAAAACAUUUAUUAUAUUGACGUUACCUCUGGAGAUGAUCUUCUUUCAUGUAUAUUCCUACUUGACAACUAUCUUGAAGGGAAAAAUAUUCGUUUGUUAGUGGUCGACAGUAUAACACAGCCAUUGAAGACCAUGGAAAUUAAAGUUCGAUUGGGAUUGAUAAAUAAACUGUUUCAACAACUCAGGAUCUUGGCAAGCCAGUUCGACCUUGCGGUUAUCCUCACAAAUGACUUAACAACCAGGGUUAAUGAAAGAGAAUCUAUAAUCGCAUCAUCAUUUGGGGACAGCUUCUAUCAUAUGGUCAAUUCUAGGAUUAUUUUCUCGAAAAAUGAUGCUACCUUUCAUGGCAGACUGCUAAAAAGCAUAAGCAAUGUACAAGUUGAAGCUGAUUUUUAUCUGUGAAGUUACAUUUCUUGACACCAGCCACAUGAAAAUUUAGCCAAACAGUACAAAACUCCAAUUUUUCCAUGUUUUCCUACAUUGUUUUUUCAAGAAAAGAAUAUGCGUCAUUCUUGAUUUCAACGAAUGAAAUGCGUCAAGCAGGUGAAAUCCCAUUUUGUAAUUGACUUCUAAAAGUAGCUAUGCAAUAUCAAUAAUAUCACUUCUAUACAAACGCAUAAACAAAAUUAAAUAUAAAGGAAAGUCACAUGCCACAUCUUGUGAGAUUUUGCGUUAGACUGAUUAUUCGAAUUUAUUUUUAAAAUGCUGUGAGAUAUUGAUUAAGCACUUGCUCGCGAUUCAAUGUCGUGAGGGCUAAUUACAUGCCGUGAAAGUUGUGAUCGUUUUUUGUUAUGCUUAGAAAAUCAGUACUUUAGCUUUGGGUUUCGGUAACACUAUCUUAUGCCAAACAGUUUACCAAGAUGAUGGGAUAGUGUUUUUGUAAAUCCUGUUUGUGCAUUUUUUCUUGGAUUUGGUCGAGCUACCACAACCUUGAUUACACUAUUUGAGGAGAUUAAUUUACUUUUACCUAUAGUAUAUGUUAGAUGACAAAAUAUGUCAUCAUUCGUGUAAAUUAGGUGAAAAUGCAAUCACCUAGAUUUACAGUUAGGCAAGUUAGUAAGCCAGUUCUACCGUGGUCGGUUUAUUCCGGGUAGUGGCAAAUUACAUAAUAUCUCAAUUGACGAAACUGAUAAAUGAAGUGUUUGAUGUAUUUUCCAAACACUAGGAAUAAAACCGAUAUCAUAACACUCGAUUUUUUCUUGUCACUGGAAAUAAGAAUGGCCCAUAUAUGUGAUAUUUAUGUAGUUGUGAGAUAAAACAAAAUGUUUUGUAAGUAUAUUUAUUCGAAUAAAAUUAUAAAUAUUAAA